AUGGAAUCAGUUUGGGCGUACACACCAACCGGCUUUGAAAAAUAUGGAUACACUUGCACAGUAGCUGACUAUAGAGUUAAUUUCUCUGUAUGGGAUACGUCAGGAACAACGGCAUACGACACAGUGAGGCCGCUCGCUUAUCAAGACGCUAAAAUAUUUAUGUUAUGUUUCAACAUUGCUGAACCAGAGUCUCUAAAUAACGCCGCUGCAAAGUGGUACCGCGAAGUCCGCACACAUGGUGGAUCAGCUCCGGUGCUCCUCUGCGGCUGCAAGGCUGACCUGAGACAUGACAAGGAGACCUUAACCAUGCUGUCCAAACUUAGAACGCAUCCGGUCACUAGCGAAGAGGCCUUAUCAGUUGCUAGACAGCUUGGUGCCACAACGUACGUGGAAACAUCAGCGAGAGCUUCCAGUAAGGGCGUAAAAGAUGCAUUCGAAGUAGCAGCACUAGCGGCUUUAGGAAAACUUAACAAACAACAAAUUAAACAACAGAAGCAAGUCGGACGCAGCAAAAGCAAACGGGACCUGAAGGCUGAACUAAAGGGGCGGGCGAAGAGUUGCUGUGUCAUGUGA